AUGGUUGACACCCAGAGCCCAGACCAGGGCAAGAAGCGCAAGAGGCCCGAGGCGGAGGAGGAGACUUCGACUCGCACCAAGCGAGCACGCCACGAAACCACCACCGAGGGUCCGUCCAAGCGGGCCACAGUGGAGGAGAGCCUGCCAGAGGAAGCCCCUCGCGAUACGCAGGCGCAAUCUGAGCUGGCCACUCUGCAGGCUCGAAUCCUCGAAUUGGAGGCGCGGGAUCGUGCCCGAGCCAAAGAGCUCGCCUACUUCCAGGCAGCCCUCCGAGACUGCCGAGAAGAGGUUGUCUCUCUCCGGGCUCGAGCCCAGGCCCGACCCCCGGCCCCAUCUCCACUUGAGGACCAGGUGAAGUGGAACCGCCUGUGGUCAACGCUCACCUCGAUGCGACAAGUGAUGCGAGAGGAGGGCGCGGCGGUGAGGGCUCAGCAACGGCAGCUAGAAUCUCAACAACGACAGCUGGAGUCUCAGCAGCGCCUGCUCGACGAGAGAAUCUUGUUUGAUGGGGUUGCUAUCCGGGGGGAGCAGCGCGAGAUCAGACGCCUGCGGACUGAGGUUCGAGAGUCGACCGAGAGCGUGGUGGAGAGCUUGGCAUAUGUCUACCAUCAACUGCUGGCUCGGUUUGGGGAGGCGAUGGGGUGA